AUGUAAGACCCAUAAUAGCAAUAAUAUCCUUACCCUCCACAAGCUCCUCUACCUGCUAUGUCAAUUAAAAAUGACAAUUAGAAUUACAUGCCUGCUGUUUAAAUGUAGCCGAUACCUAUGCAAGGUUAGCAAUUAGUUAAUAUCUAGAUUAUUAAGCUUGACUCAACUUAAAUAUGCCAAAUCACACCUCACCCUGUUUAAGUAAACUGUAAUAGCUGCUAGGAAAAGGUCACAACUGAAUUAACAUAUAAGCGUGGACAAGGUACCUUUUGUUGCUGCUUUCUUUUAACAAUUUUUGUGGGAUGUUGCUGCUGUAUUCCCCUUUUUAACAAAAAUUGCCAAGACAAAAUUCAUUCUUGCCCUAAGUGCCACAAUGUUAUUGGUGUAUGUGAGUAUAGACCAUUCAGUUGA